AAACGACACGAUGGCCAUCAAUCACAUAUAUAUUAUUAAUCGGUGCAGAAGAAUAUAUCCAACCACAUCAACUACUUGAAUUAAUUAAGGUACAAAGUAAAAUAAAAAACUUUUCAUUUGAGCACAUUUGUUGAUACGGAUAGACCAAAGUCUUAUGCUACAAAUGUAACCUAAUUUGUACUAAUUUCCUAUAUAUUAAAGCCGGAAGGAAACGUGGCCUGAUAUGCGUCCACGUCAUCCUUUUUACUCUCAGCCAUACGAUUCAGAUCCAAUGGACGCGAGCUAUCCUCCUCCUUCCACCUGUCUCCGCACAAAAGAAAAAAAAUUCUUGGGUCUCCACGCUACCAGAGCCUUCCAGGCGAAGACGACAUCGGGAGAUUUGCGCUCUCUCUUGCUAUGGCGCUUCCUCCCCCUCUGAGAUGUGCUUGCGCUGGCGCCACGCCCGCGUGAAUGGCCUCGCCGCCGCUUCUCGCGCUCGCACGUGCUACUGUGUCUGCGCGCCUCUCCCUGCGUUCAAGCACGCCGCCUCUUCUCCCACCCCGUCGCCCCUGCGCCGUGGUGGCUCCCGUGGUCGCACUCGCAUCUCUCUCGCCGCAGCGCUUUCUCUCCUCCCGAGAUCCCUCUCCUCGUGCUCGCCGCCACGCCCGGGUGAACGCCCUCGCUGCCGCUUCUUGCACUCCCCGCGCGCCUCUCCUCGCUUUCGCCCAAGCCGCCUCCUCUCCCUCUCCGUCGCCCAUAAUCAAGCGAGACUGCGUGCAGGGGUGCAUGCUGCACGCGGUGGCGACGAGCUACGGCACGACCGCGACGUCGCGAAUGACUCCGAGUUCCGUUCGUGGGGUGCAGGCUCACCGGCUCCGCAUGCUGUAAUUGGGCAAAGCGUGGGGACGCUACGCUCGGGUGGUCUACUUCAAUCUUAGCGCCCAGCGACAUCGUCGUGCACCAGGGCUGGAGCGACUAGGCGACCGGUCCAGAACGAAGUGAGUAGCGCUUCCUUCUCUCUUGUACAGUUGUACCAUUCCAUCCUGUGUGUUACCUUCACUGUAGCUGUCAACUUGGUGAAGGUGAUGAUGAGAUUCUAAGAAGUAGGUACGUGCUUGCCUAGCAGGUCAGCCUCAUCGAACGGUCUUCAACUACUGGCAAAUGCAACGCCGUUAGUUGCCGCAUGUGACUACUCGCAAAUCAGAUGUGUAGGAGAGGGGCGAGCGGAUCACGAGUUGCUGGAGCCGGGGAGGAAGAAGCGGGCAUGAGCUUGGAGGGGACGAGGAACCAAGGCCAGCACCAAGGCGCGGGGCGGCGCUAGGGUUGGACGGUGCUGGGUGGCGGCGGUGGUGGCGCGGGGCGGGGCAGCGACGAAGUUGGUUCGGCGGCGAUGUAAUUGGCGCGACGGCGGCGACGGUGGAGAUGCGGCGGCAGUGGAGAGGGAGUGUAGAAGAAUGGGGCUACGAGCCGUCGGUCAGGGCUAAGUAAAUGUUCUUUGCCGAGUGCCCGCAAUCUGGCACUCGACAAUUUUUUUAUUCUAUAACUUACUUUGUCGACUGUCCUGGAUCUAACACUUGGCAAAGAAUACUUUGCCGAAUGCGUCCUGGUGGGUACUCGGCAAAGAAUGUUUAAAUUAUUUAAAUUUUUCUUUGCCGGGUGUUCCCUCAUGUUACUCGGCAAAACUUGUCUUUGCCACUCUUUCCGUGACACUCGACAAAUUAUGUUUGUUUUUUUCUUUUUUUCUCCAAACUUUUUAUGGUGUGUUCUUAUAGUAUGGAGGCCUAUAUGUUCAA